AUGUCAUUUAAUGGAGAAAAAUUCAAACAAUUAAAUGAAUCAGGAACAGUUACUGAAACUAAAGAUGAGUUCAUCUAUGUAAUUGUGACAACAUGCAACAAAAUAGCAAGACGAAUUAAUGAUCUAGAUAAGCUCGCUGAAGACCUAUUUCGAAAACUAGAUAGAGAGAUUCAUAGAAUCUCUUUUAAACUUAAGAUUUUACAAGAAAAUAUAAUUAGGUUAGCUGAUGCUACUCACAAAGUUCCGAAGAAAGUGUUAUCUAUGCAAGUUUGGAAAUCAAGGAAGACUAUUUCAAAUGUAACUAUUAAAACAGAGCAAAUAUACUCCUGUACACCAUCACCCAUAAACGUCUUUGAAAGAAACAAUGCUAAUAUACCAGUACCACUUUUUACAGUGCCUGGCUAUUACCAAAAUGAUAGAGAAGAUUCAAAAUCUUCAGACAGAUCAUUCCACUCAUGUUUAUAUUCUUCAAAAAUUUUUAAAGGAAACAUAUCUGUGAGUGAAGAACAAACAAGUGACAGACACUUACACUUACAGAACAAAGAUCUUGACCAUGCCAGUAAACCAAAAAAUAUAUUAGAGUGUCAUCAAUCCAUGGAAGAACAUAUCUCUGUGCAUCACAUUGCAGCCUCUUGUAAGGCGUUAUCUCAUUCAUAUUUAGAUCAAUCUGAUGGUGGCUCUUCAUUCUGUGCUUUCCCCCUGAAUGAAGGCAACCUUGAAGGAAAAUCUUCAGCAAGCAUGUUACCUCGUGCGAAAGAACAUCUACACUACCAUAUUGGACGCAUGAGCAGCUUACGCCGCCCUCGUGUUAUUUAUGGAACUGGUAAGGGGGAUGUGGUGCCAAUCCAGCAACCACCUCUUAUCCAUCACAAAACACCUGUGUUUGUCAACCCACUGGCACCAGAGGCACCACCAUUACCCUCUGAUUGCCUCAUCCAACUUACCAGUUCCAAAGGACCACCAUCUGCUCAUGGAGUUCAAAGCUCAAUAAGCUCACCACGAACAUCAUUUGUUUUGCAAACAACUACAACUACAACAUUAACAUCUGCUUGCUUGAAGACUAAUCCUAAAAAAGCUCUAAUGAUGCCACCUGAAGUUGAGUUCACUUCAACAUCAAACUCUCUUGAAUGUUAUGAACUACAACCAGAUUAUCUAAAUCCACAGGGUCAAGAUCAAAAGAUCCCUCCACUUUUAUAUCCUUCAGUAAUUCCACUGAGUAAUCAUCCAGGGGAUUCACUUGUGGAUCUUAUGGACUCUGCUUUAGUUGUACAACCACAAAAAAAUUUGAGUUGCCAACCCAUAAAAUCUUCUUCUCCAAAGUCACCAAAAUGUGCAAAAUCAUCACUACAGUCUCCAUCGACAUCAAGAUUUGCAUGUGGAUUGCUACCACAAAAUCCAGUUGCAAAUACAUCACAGUCUUCAAGUGCCCACUCAAGAUCUUCCAUGACACCAUGUCCUUCACUUUCAGUAUCUACCUCAUCGAAUCAAAAACCACAAGAAAUUUCAAAAUGUUACGUGAGCCACUUAGCCAAACUUAUCGAAGAACGGUCAAGAUUACCCACGACAAAUCCAAAACAACAGUUGCAUCCACCACAAACAAAACUAUCAAGUUUCACCUCAACCAAAGUUACCACUCUACAGACAUCAUCAUCUAUGAAAUCACAAUCCAUUUCAUGCCAUAGUACUCUAGCAAUAAGUCAAUAUGCAAUAGGGCCAACAUAUGCCAGUAUAAUGCAAAACCCUGCAUUCCUGCCAAUAAUGACCAAACCAAGAAAGGCAUUGAUGGAAGCAGUAAGGAAAGCUGCUACACUUCGCAAUACUGAAGAAAUUAUACCAAGAACUGAAAAUGCGAUGUCUAACAGGGAAGCAGAGAUGAUCCGGAUCCGCCGUAAGGCUAUGGGAUACAAUUCAGGAAAAUCAGAGAGUGAGACUGAAUCAGUUGAAUAA